GUCCUCUGUUUACUUUAAAACCCGUAUUUUAACUUGCUGCUAUUCACAACAAGAAAAAUGAAGUCUUGUCUAGCUACUUUUGCUCUCGCAGUGUUAGUAACACAAGGAAGCAUUUUUAGUUUGUGUUUGGCCUCCUCUGCUUCUACAAACUCUGUUCCUAAUUGGUUUCAUCAUUGGCCGCCGUUUAAAUGGGGACCAAAAUUUCCAUAUUCUCCACCUAAACCGCCGCCAAUCGAGAAAUAUCCUCCACCGGUGCAGUAUCCACCACCGAUCAAGAAGUAUCCACCGCCACCAUACGAGCAUCCACCGGUGAAGUAUCCACCACCGAUCAAGACUUACCCUCAUCCGCCGGUGAAGUAUCCUCCACCAGAACAGUAUCCACCGCCGAUUAAGAAGUAUCCUCCACCAGAACAGUAUCCACCGCCGAUUAAGAAGUAUCCUCCACCAGAACAGUAUUCACCGCCUUUCAAGAAGUAUCCUCCGCCAGAACAGUAUCCACCACCGAUCAAGAAGUAUCCUCCGCCAGAACAUUAUCCACCGCCGAUAAAAAAGUAUCCUCCGCAAGAACAGUAUCCACCACCGAUUAAAAAGUAUCCUCCGCCAGAAAAGUAUCCACCCCCGAUCAAGAAGUAUCCUCCGCCAGAACAGUAUCCACCGCCGAUCAAGAAGUAUCCUCCGCCAAUUAAGAAGUAUCCUCCGCCAGAAGAGUAUCCACCACCGAUCAAGACUUAUCCUCAUCCCCCUGUGAAGUAUCCACCGCCUCCGUACAAGACUUACCCUCAUCCGCCGAUCAAAACUUAUCCUCCUCCGAAAGAAUGUCCUCCUCCGCCUGAACAUUACCCUUGGCCUCCGAAAAAGAAAUAUCCUCCACCGGUUGAGUAUCCGUCGCCGCCAUAUAAGAAAUAUCCUCCGGCUGAUCCAUAGUAACUCAAAACCAAACAAGGACGUGUUUGUCUAUAAGUAUAUGUCUAGUUAAAAAACUGUUCUGUUCUUUCUGUUAUGUUCUUUCUUUUUCUUAUGACUUUCUGUUAUGAUGCAUCAAAUAAAGAAUAAACUGUUCUGUUUUGAAUUUGUUAAAUAGGAGAGUGCAAGCUCAAGAACAAGCUGUUUCAUAAAUAAAUAAAAUAUAUUUUCU